AUGUCCUCCUCCUCCGGCUCGCAGCAGCUGCCCCCGCCCAUCCCCAACAAGCAGGGCGAGCCCGAGUUUCAGUUGAAGCUUUCCCACGAGUACAUGAUCUUUCCGGGGGCCACCCCGGGGCAGCCGAAAAAUCAGCUCUCGUCCGUCGAGCUGAUCAUCACCAACCCGACGCAGGAUAAGCAUGCGAUCAAGGUCAAAUGCACGUCCGCCGAGCUGUUCCGCGUCCACCCGCCGAUGGGUGUCAUGCACUACUUUGCCAUCUACCAUACUCGCUGUGACGCGACUACUACUGAUACACAGUCUCGAUACCUCUGGAAGGGCCCCCUCCGCUUCGACGGCCUGAAGCGACUUCCGGUCGUCUUCCCCUCAUCCGCCACC